UAUAGAACAUAAUAAUUACAUUGUUAAUAAAUCGCUUGUAUUAUAUCACAGAAUGAAGUUCAGCAUUGACGCUACUUCAUCUUACAAUAGCAUUCACCCAGCAUAUUUAUAUACUGAACGUUUUAACAACAAUGUGGAAACCUAUCACGAGGGAACUAAUUGGUUUGGUGUAUUUCUGGCGUUUUUGUCUGGGACAUUUUUCACCAUUAGCUCAGCUCUGGUUAAGGCUAUCAAAACUGUCGAUCCAAUGAUUUUGCUGGCCAUAAGAGCAGUUCUGCAGAUUACAGCGAUGACUGCUGUCGCUUGCUACCACUCAAAAAAUUUAUUCGGGCCGAAAGGACAAAGACUGCUGGUUCAAUUUCAGGGCCUGAUCGGUGGUCUUACCUUAGCACUGCUAUAUUACAGCUUCAGAAAACUUCCCCUUGGAGAUGCAACGACCAUAAUAUUCAGUUCUCCUGUGAUCGUCAUUGCGCUCUCGUUUAUUUUUCUAAAGGAACCAUGUGGCCUAUUACGUGUUGUCGUCAUCUGCGCUUUAAUGCUGGGUGUAAUAUUGGUUGCAAAACCCCCAUUUAUAUUUCAGAUGCAUCGAAUGGUACCUUAUGACGUCAUGGGCUACGUAUACGCAAUAUUAGCAACACUAUUUACAGCUAUGAACAUAGUUGUAAUGAGAAAGUGCGUGGAUGUGCACUACUGUGUUAUAGUAUUCACAUUAUCGGUUUGGUCUCUUUUAACAGCAAUAUUUUUUUUCCUUGUAAUGUCCGAGAAUCACAAGUACAAACUUGAACUCCCUCACGACUGGUGGGAAUGGGGACAAAUUACUACUGUAGCAAUUUCAGGACUGUCUGGUCAAGUUUUAGUUGCCAAAGCAUUGAAACUCGAAGGAGCAGGAAAGGUUUCCGUCACCAGAUCUUUGGACAUAAUCUUAGCUUACGUUGUCCAGGUGUACUUCUUCGGUGAAAUGCCUACUCCGACCAGUAUUGUCGGAGCAGUGCUAGUGCUUGUAUCUGUAAUCUGUAUGGGAUUUGAGAAAGAAAUAUACGGAGUGUGUGAUAUCAUCCCAUGAAAGAAGUUAUUUUUAAUGUCUUUAGCAACACUCUUUUUGCUUUUUUCAUUCUGCAUGUGGUAGUAUGAAUAGUGUAUUUGCCUGACUCACGGCAUGGCGCAUCAAAUGAUCCAUUGUUCAUCUCAUUUACUAUGAAUUUGUACAAUUCUAAUGUUGUAAUUUAAACUUAUCUGUAAUAGAUUCAAUACACAAUAGAAAUAUUUAAUUACAAUAAAUUUAGUGGGCUGGGAAAAUUAGUUUAGUUGGGUC